AUGGAGGCGAGGCUGCCAGGAGCCGCCGUCCUCCUCUGCAUGGCAGCUGUUGCCCACGCGUUUGCGGUCGAAGAGAAAGGAGACGUGUUCAAGAGAACGGCUUGUCCUGCUUUCCUGAUGUUCGAGAACGCCGCUUACUUGGCUGACAUGACCUUCGAGCUCCCCUGCAACUGCAAGCCCGAAGAGGUCUCCUCUGUCGUCUGGUACUUCCAGAAGAACAUGGGCAGCCAUGAGACCACGGUCCUGACGGACUUUGCCGGCACCGUGGUUGUCGACUCGGGACAUAUCCGUGCAGGCAGCGACGUGCUGAAGCGUUUCAGUAUCCGGAUGUUCAGUCUCAUCGUCUUCCGAGCCCAGGUGACGGACUCGGGACACUACCUGUGUGGCACUAAGAAAGGGGACUUCUUCUACGGCUACGACGUGGACGUGCAGCCCACCAAGCACAUGGUGGUGGCUUUUGUGGACAGGGGCCAGCACGUCCAGGAUGACUACGCAGAGAAGGUCUUCAGCCUCUUCACCACCUUCUGGGACUGGACCAGAUGCGACCGCUGUGGGGUGAGAGGCGAGCAGCGGCGGAUCGGGCUGUGCUACGUGCAGAGCACCCAGCUGCACCCUCGCUAUCGUAGCGCCGUGCCCAACGUCACGUCCUGCGGCUCAAGGGCUGUCCCUGCACAUUUCCAGUGCCUUGGCUGCCUCCGGAGACCCGAGGUGGCCAUCCGAAGCUGCCUGACCCCUUGUCGGAAGGCAGAGGUGCCCGAGGAAGGCGUGCAAGCCAUC